CGCCCGUUAUGGAGCUCGCGUGCGUUGUACUUUCGUUGAUAGGCGUUCUGGCGACGGGCGCCUACCUUUAUCUGCGCAAUCGGUACAACUUCUGGAGGAGCCGCGGUUUCCCGACGCUUGCGGAUCAAAGCUUGUUCUAUGGUCACGUGAAGGGUGUGAACACGGAGCGUCACGCCUCCGAGGUGUCGACGGUGAACUACAAUCGGUUUAAGAGCCGAGGCGAUGCGUUCGGUGGCAUCAACAUCUUCAUACUCCCGGUGGUUGUGCCGGUCGACCCGGAGCUGAUCAAAACGAUUCUGGUGAAGGACUUUAACGUGUUCCACGACCGGGGCGUGUACAGCGAUGCCGUGGCGGAUCCACUCAGCGCGACGCUCUUCGCACUGGAAGGCAAGGCGUGGCGGACGCUGCGCCACAAGCUGACACCGACGUUUACGUCGGGCAAGAUGAAACAGAUGUUCGGUACGAUUCUCGAGGUAGCGCACGAGCUGCAGAGCUACGUCGACGAACGGUCGGUCCAGGGAGAGCUGGAGAUGAAGGACAUUCUGGCACGAUUCACCACGGACGUCAUUGGGACGUGCGCGUUCGGCAUUGAGUGUAAUACGCUGAAAAAUCCUGAGAACGAAUUUCUCAAAUACGGCAUGCGGGUGUUCGAGACAAAGACGUUCACCAUGUUCAAGAUCAUUUGCAGUAUGGCGGUACCGUGGCUGACGAAAAAGAUCGGCGUGAAGAUUACCGAUGCGGAGCUGGAAUCGUUCUUCAUGAAGCUGGUCCACGAAACGGUGGAGUAUCGGGAGAAAAAUAAUGUCGAGCGAAACGACUUUCUCAAGCUGCUGAUCGAGAUCAAAAACCAGGGAUCGGUGACGGAUGCUGAUGGGGCAACCGAAGGUUGCAUGACGCUGAACGAGCUUGCAGCGCAAGUGUUUAUCUUCUUCCUGGCCGGAUUCGAAACAUCGUCUACCACCAUGAACUUUUGUCUGUACGAGCUGGCGAAGAACCCCGCCAUCCAGGACCGUCUCCGGGCGGAGAUUAAUCGCGCCAUAGAGAGCAAUGGAGGCACUUUGACCUACGAUGUGGUGAUGAACAACGAAUAUCUCGAUCAAGUCGUCAACGAAACACUACGCAAGUAUCCGCCCCUGGAGACGCUCACUCGUGUUGCGGAACGUGACUAUACGAUUCCCGGCACAACGCAUGUCAUCCCGAAGGGCACGCUGGUACAAAUACCGGUUUACGCGCUACAUCACGAUCCGGACUACUACGCCAACCCCGAAUGCUUCGAUCCGGACCGUUUCACGCCGGAAGCGGUGAGUCAACGGGUCCCGUACGUGUACCUGCCAUUCGGCGAGGGACCCCGUAUUUGUAUAGGGCUCCGGUUUGGGCUGAUGCAGACGAAGGUCGGGCUGAUAACGCUGCUGCGACAGUUUCGCUUUUCGCCAACCGAUCGCACUCCGGAGCGUAUCAGGUUCCUGCCGAAAAUAUUUAUCCUUACGCCAGAUACGGGAAAUUAUCUGCAGGUUGAUAAGCUGUAAGAGACAAACGCGCUGCAGGCAUCGCUUUUUGGGUGUGGUCAUCUGAGUGCAGUUGCGCAUGAGGGAACCGAACACUCCAUCACUAACAUACAGACUGUUGCGGGAAGCAUUUGGAACAUCGCUUCGCUGACAUCAUCGCCAUGCGUACCCGAAUGUGUUGCGUCAGCAUGUAAAAUAGAACGCAAACUGUGCGAACACCGCAAGACGAUUUGUUUACACAAGUUAAUGCGCUCACCAUCACCAUCUAUCCACGGUGGGAGUAUCUGUAGAAGGAACCCUAGGUGUCUGGAUAGAUUGAAUACCAGUGAAGUGGCCAUUAUAUACGGUUUUUCGGAAUGUGGUCAAAUAGAUGAAGAGCAAAUCAUGCUAGCGAUGUGUUAUAUUUAUAUCUAGCCAUACUAAUACAAUGAAAUUAUUGUUCCCAUCAAAGUUUCUUGCUUAUCUUCAACUCUAAUACCAAAUACUAAUGACACAAAAUGCGGAUUAACUGAUGUAUCUAUGUUCGACCGACCGGACACAAGAUCAACAACUAUUAUUUGUAGCUCUAUGCGAAAUGUUCAAUCAUUUGUAUGAAUAAAAUUAUAUUA